UGUCAUUCAUUCAACUAAAUUAAAAAAAAAAAAUUGAUUCGACUAUAGAAAUGACAUAUACACCUUAUACCUUACAGACUCUAUUACCAGCACAUAUUAUAGAAGAAAUAUUACAAUCCAGCUCACCAGAUAGUUCCGCUUCAGCAUCACCACCUUCUUUAUUCACUCGUCGAUCCACUACACCCUCAUCACCUACAAAUAAUAAUAUUAUCGCUUCUUCUCCUCCAUCGAAACUUAAUGCUAGGUUUAAUAAUCUUAUAUCGUCUGGAAAUACACCUCCAAAAUUUACUAUUGAUUCUGUCGAAGCUUGGGGUAAUGAUCUAUAUCUUGGUACUUCUGAUGGUCAAAUUCUACACUUUAUAUUGGAAGAACAAAGAAAUAAUUCACAAUUUACUGGUGUACCUUAUGUAUCUAAAUUACAAAAUAAAAUCUUUUUGGGAUAUGGCAAAAAAUCAGUGGAACGUAUUCUUGUGAUUCCUCAGGUGUCCAAAGCAGUUGUUCUAUGUGAUUCGACGCUUUCUUUUUACUCUUUACCAUUUUUUGAUCCUAUGCCAGUAUCAUCCAUUGCACCCAUUAAAGGUGUAUCCAGUUUUACACAUGAUGCAGCUGAAGAAGGAAGAAUCGGUGUAGAUGGUACAAUUGAAUUAUGUGUGGUCAAACGUCGCGUGAUGCAAAUCUACAAGAUGGGCGAAUUUCUGCAAAUGAAAAAGGAAAUCCCAAUUCAUGAUGGUGCUAUCUUUGUUAUACGCCAUAGUCGAAGUCUUUGUUUGGCUGAUUAUCAACAAUACAAACUUAUCAACAUUGAUCCUGUCAAUAUUAUUCCUCUUAUUCCUACACCACAUGAAGCUGUUUCACCAUCCCUAUCCUCUGGAAUGCUUUCAACUACUCCUCAAAUGGUUCCAAAACCUGUUGCAGCAGUGGUCAAAACAGAUGAAUUCUUGGUAGUCAGCGGAAGUGCCAGUAAUCAAACAAUUGGUAUAUUUUUAGAUGCUCUUGGGAACGCUAUCCGGGGAACAAUGCAAUGGUCAAGCUAUCCAAAAUCUAUUUGUGUGGAAUACCCUUACACGGCAGCUCUAUUGAAAAAUAACACUAUUGAAAUUCACAACCUCAAUAAUCAACAACUACUACAAGUCAUUCAUAUCGAUCCUAAUAUGGAAGCACGUGGUAUGUCAUUUGGUCAUGGCAUUAAAGUACAUCUUGAUGAGCUUACGAAACGACUACAUCGAUCACCAUAUAACACAACACCAUUAUCAUCAUCAUCAUUAAAAGAGAGUAACGAUGAUGAAUUACGAUCAUUCUUGAAACGUGAAGUAGCUCGCUUAUCCACAGUACCAGCUAGAAUAUUGGUUUAUGGAAGUAAUUCAGUGUUAGCUCAAAUCAUUACUCCUUUGGUGAUGCAGGUCGACGCAUUAAUCGAUGAUAAUCAUAUUGAAGAAGCAAUGGAAAUGACUGAUCAAGCUCGCAAUACAAUGUCUCCUACUAAUAGCAUUCAUGUAGAAAGAAUGAGAAGUGAACUAGAUUAUAUAUACCAAAAAUGUGGGUUACUGAUGUUAAAGGAAACUGUAUUUGAAGAUGCUUUUACACUCAUGUCCAAAGGCAACUUGGAUCCAAGACUGGUGAUACAACUUUUUGGUGAGCGAUUGAUAUCGCAAUCUUCCGAUGAUUCUCAUCCUAUAUUGUUGUUUGACGGUAUCAUCGAUAUACUGGAAAAUAUGAAAACUAUAGAUGACAUAGUAUCCAGCAACAUGGCCAAGAACUAUCCUGAUCAGAAAGAAAAUUCAUCAAGUACUAUCAUAGAAAUGCGACGCGUAUUAUUGGAAAACGCAAAAGAGGCAGUGCAGAAAUAUUUACUUGCUGAACGUGGAAAACGAAGGGAUAUAUUAGGAAAAGGAAAUUAUAUGUGCAAGGCGAUAGACACUGCCCUAUUGAAACUAUUUACGACUAACAAUGACACUUCUAUGCUAUACCGUAUAUUGAAGGAACCCAAUGAUUGUGAUCUUGAAGAAUGUCAACAAGCCCUUUUACAGUCCAAGAGAUAUUAUGCAUUGUCCAUAUUUUAUCAAUCAAAGAAUAUGCUUGAAAAAUCACUGGAUCUCUGGAUAGAAAUAUAUGAAGGCAAAAAAUUGGAUGAUGAUUUCAAAGAAGGAUCUGGAAAAAUGAAACAAAUAUUACUCUCGAACACUGAUUUACCUUUACCAGUUUUCAUGCGCUACACAUGGUGGCUCAUGAAAGAAAAUUCGACUGAUGGUGUGGAAGUGAUGAUUCGAUCUCCAUUAGCAGCAGAAAUGGAUCCAGGCAUGAUUUUGGAAAAAUUGGUUUCUUUCGAUACUGGAGCAACAAGGGCAUAUUUGGAAUAUCUUGUGAUAACUCGACAAAGUGUAGUUCCCGAAUAUCAUACACAACUGGCGUGUACUUAUGUAAAGGAUGUACAACAAGAAAUAGAGAAAUCUGGCAAUGCAUCUGCAGAACUGAUAAAAUUAGUCGAGGACUUUAAGAAAUCCGUUGAUCCAUUGAAACCAAAUAUGGAAAGCGAAACGUUUGUGGGAUAUCUUGGACGUUUACAACACAAUGAAUCAAAACUUGUACAAGUACGACUGGCACUACUUCGACUACUUCAACAAUCACAACUAUACGAUGCAAACAUUGUUUUGAAAAGUUUAUCAGAAGAUAGCCCUCUAUAUAUUGAAAAAGCAAUUAUUUUUGGAAGGCUUGGAAAACAUCAACGUGCUUUGGAUAUACUAAUACAUGAACUUGGUGACUUUGUUGGUGCUGAAACAUACUGUGCAACGAAUGGAAAAAGUACUGGUAUUAUUCCUAUUUGAUUGUAGAUACUUCUUUUUCUCUACUUUUUGAGGUAUUCAAUAAAAUUCAUCUUCCGCUUUU